CACACCAAUAAACACUACUGUCUGCUUAUUUUCCUCUUACAAAAAUGAUACCAAAGUCAAGUUCACUUUCAUUUGUUAUUGCAGUUUUGGUGUUUUAUAUAGUGGAAUAUAGUUCUGCUCAUAUAAAAAUUAGUUUAAACAAACACAGGAGUCAUUCUUACGCUACUUUAUUAGCUAGAAAUCAGCAAAACUUCAAUGUUCAACAAACAAAUGUCGAAUGGGUUUGUACAAAUCCAAAAACGAACGAUAUGAUGAUUAUUACAUCAGAAGAUGCUCCAAGAUUUGGAGGUCAAAGUGUGCCCCAACCGUGGACACAAUCAAAUUAUCCUCAGGUUCAGAUACCGACACACAAUCAACCGAUAAAAGUUCAACCAGUGGAUCCUCAAACUCAGCAAUGGGCUCAGACCGGAUCACAGAUUAAUCCAACGUACCAAAAAGUAGCAAACAUUCCGAUUAACGUAGGACCAACGCAAAACCCACAGCCAAUUGUAAAUGAUCCACAGCAGUAUCCGAAAAACACUGACGGAGACGGCCUUAUUGACAUCAGAAUGGGACAUUAACGAACUUUUAACAAUAAUAAAUAAUGAGUAAAAAUUAUUCAUUGAAAAUAUACUUGUUAUCAAAGUGAAAUCAAAGAAUUUUUUUAUUUGAAAAUCAAUAUUUGUGUAGCUGGUCUUACGAUACUUCCAAAAUGAUUGAACUCAACAAAUUAAUCAGGUCAAUGUAAACACAUACAUCAAUGUUAAUGCAAGUAUACUUUAAAUGCGCAUACUAACUAAACACGCAUAAGGUGAACUAAAUGAGCCCAUUUCACCGUUUUUUUUUUGUUUUCUUGAACUAACUGUACAAGAAGUAUUACAAAAUUAAAAUAAAUAUCAUUUUUAAAGACCAUUUUAGUUAAUUUUCUGUACAUUAAUGUUGUACCGAAAAUGAAUGAAAAAUGGUAAAGGAAACCAAUUAUUUAAAAUAAAUAUGUCAAUCAAAUUGGAAUUUAGUUGAUUUAUUAAAACUUUCUAUUAUUAUAUCAUCUUAGUUUCUUUGAAUCUGCGCUUCUGUACAUUUUAACCUUCGCUACAAUUGCAUUUUUUUAAUCUUUCGUCUUACGUCACGGGCAUAUCUUUGCAUACACCACAUUUCGGAGAUUUAUUUAUCCUUUAUUUUAUAAUCUUAUAACGGAGAAAAAAAAUUAGUUUUUCAUCAAUAUACUUGUAAAUCUUCGAAUCGCAAGAUUUGCUAGUCUCACGUUUUAUUUUUAAAAUUUAAUUAAUUUACUAUUUUACUUAAAAAAUCUUACUGUUGGUUAUUAAUGCUGUCACACGUACCAAUAAAAGUUUCUUUCACACUAUUUUAUUUGAUAACAAUCGUACAACGCAAAAUAUAUCAUUUUGUUAAACGGAGAACUGUAACAAAAAUAUUCAUCGUUUAAAUAACAUAAUUAUGUCCUGUCAAAUAAAUUUUUUUUUUCUACGAUAAAUAUUAAAAAUAAUUCUUAUGUCACGUAAUACUGAUAAUAUAAAGUUGUUACAUAUUAUUAUUUCAUAAAAAAUUGUGUUCAAAUGUACUAAGGGAAAAUUUAAUAAACUACUACUUCGCAUAUUCAUUAUUCUUAUAGAAGUUAAUUUUUUAUGACACAUCUAAUUAAGUGGCUUACAUACUUAUUUGCUAUGAAAAAUUAUGAACAUAAUUAGGUGUAAAUUUUCUCGUUCUUUUUCGAUGGUCGAUA